AUGACUGUCUCUUAUAUAAUAUUUUUAUUUAUUUUCAAUUAUACAAUAAAUGCUUUAUUAACUACUACUACAACAACAACAACUACUACUAGUACAAAUAAACAAAUUCAAAAGUCAACAACCACAUUCAAUGAAACAUCAUCAUCAUCAUCAUUAAAUCCAAAACUUCAUUUACAUGGUCAUUGGUUUAAUAAAGGUGUCGAAUAUCGUUAUUGUACUGCUGCUGCCGCUAUGUUUACAAAACAUGAACAAUUUUUACUGAAUUUAAAACAAAAAUAUAAAGAUUGUGAUAAAUUAUCCAUUCAAUUAUUGUCAAUCGAUAAUAAAAUUGAUUUGGAUAAAUCAGAUUAUGAAUUAUUAGUGAAAAAAAUUAUUUGUAUUUUACAGAAAAUUAAUUGUCCAAUUAAUGAGAAAUCAUUUCAAAUCCAUGAUAUUCCAUGUCAAUCAUCUUGUCUAUCACUACUUUCGGUGUGUGGACAAUUACGUAAUACUCCACAAUCAUCUUUUAUCAAUAUCCCAUCGAUUUGUUCAAACAAUCCCAUUCAAACAUCACAAAAACGAUGGAUUUAUGAAGCGAACACCAACACCAACAACCAUUAUUAUCAAACAACUGAGGCGCCAAUUCAAUCAUUGACAAGUUAUAACACUUAUGAUAAUAAUAACCCUUUUCAUUCAAAACGAUAUAUUCGUUAUCCAAAUUACAUGAAUUCUAUGCCAUCAUCGCCUAAAUCAUUUCUGUUGGAAGAUGGUGGUCAUCAUGGAUUUCAUAAAUAUUUCAAUUUGAAAUCAAAAUAUAACAAUCAAUUGAUGAGUCAUCGUUUACCACGUCAAGUGAAUGCGAACAAGGAUGUAUUGUUCAACAAUCCAAGUGAAUAUUUAACAUUGAACGCAAAACGAUCAGUGGAAUAUUUUACUAAUCAAAAUUUAAAUAAACUGCAUUUACAAUUUACACCAUCACAACGUAAAUCAUCAUUAUUAAUGCAAGAAGAUUGUUUAUUAUUACCACCGGGAGGUUGUGAUAAAUGGAUGGAUCCUUCAACAAAUUUACAACGUUUAAAAGCACCAAAUUAUAGAGAAUAUUUAAAGUUAAAUUAUGGCUGUCCAAAAGAUAUACCUGAAACAUGUAAUUCAAUGUUUCCUAAUGUAUACUCAAGAAGUAAAUGGAUUAAAUCGAAUUUUACUGUUUCUGCAAUUAUACGUAUAUCUGGUACAUUAUGGUGGUUUGGUAAAAAUGAUCGAUUUCAACCAUUAUUUCGUUUUCAUGUAUUAAAAACAUUUGAUUCUGAUAUACAUCCAUAUGAUGAAAAAAUGAUAUUAACUUAUUCAUGGCCAUUACAAUGUAUUUGUAUAGAUGAAAUAAUUGUUGGUAAAAAAUAUCUCAUGUUAACACAUUCAUUUAAAGCAAGACAAACAUUACAUAUUACAAAAGAUACAGUAUUUCUUUCACGUGUACGACGUUACACAAGAAAAUUAGCGUGUUGGAAAGGUGCAUGUACUGUAAGAUCUAGUGGAAAUCGUAAAAGAAGUUAUUAUAUACAAUCAAACAUGAAACAAACAUUAAAUGGUGACAAUUCAUUUAAUUAAAAUAGAAAAAAUUUAUCUAUCUAUCUAUAUACAUAUAUACAUACAUAUUCUCUUCAUAAAAAUACUAUUAAAAAAAUUGAA